AUGACCGAGGAGAAGAUGCCACUCAUGCUCGAAAACGGCAUGGAUGAGGCCAUGCAGGUCGACCAGCUCGACGUUGAUGACUUAUUUGGUGACGGCGUCAGCCUGUCUCUUCACACGGCACGCCCUCCUACAAAACAGCUGCGCCAAAGGAUUGAUGAGCUGCGGACCCGCGGCUGCUGCCAGGGAGUAGCAUGGUCUAGAUCCGGCGCAAUCGCCUCCAUUUCACCAGAUGGAAAGACACUGGAAGCCAGGUUCCUACGGUCUCACCCCGACGAUGGCGAAUGGGGUCUCAGUGAGCCCACAAAGGUUGAUCUCAUCAGUAUUAACCCUUCUAGCCCCAUAAUCCACCUCGCCUGGGCCUCGACAACGAACCCCGAAUUAGCCGUCAUCGACGCAACUGGCCGAGUUGCUAUUCUAACUUAUUCCAUCACUCUGAAUCGACCUUUCGCAACACGGAAAUGGGACCAUGACCCCUCUGACGACCUCCACGCCAUUGUCGGAAGCUACUGGCUACCCCUUGCUCCUCAGAGCAAGCAGUACUAUGUGAGCCAUGGACCGGCUGUGAAAGACGGCAACCAGUACAGGUACGAGAGCUCGUUCGUACAUGCUUUCGGUCCGUGGCACCCGAAUCCAUCUAAGAGCGCUCUGUUGUGUGUGACGACAAAUGGACAUCUGAAAAUGUUCUGGGCCCAGAACAACAACAAAAUUGAAGAAACCUCACUAGAGCUUGAGAGCGUCAACUCGUCGGACGACUUGAUCACACAUGCAGCACUGCAUAGCAACCUAUGGGUUGCCUUGGCCACCACCAACAAGCAACUACGAGUAGUGAGAGUUGGCAUUCACUGGGGACUGCCGCAAUCUCAAUCCGAUAACAAGCCGCCGCCGGGAAGUCAAGCUCUUAACCCUACCUUGCAGGAGAAACACGUCGCCACCUCCAGCUGGUUACCCAGCGGCCCCUCCACAACACCAGUAGACUCAGCAGCGACCCAACUGACACACCUAGAGAUUCUGCCGUCGACUAUUGGCCCGGACGGCCAGGGUUGGGUCCCUCUCGUUAUCCUCACAGUUCGCACUUACGUGCCAACACCCAAUACCCCCUAUCAGGAGACGCAAAGUAUCAUCGACAAGUGGGAAGUCAUCAACGACCAGCCUCAAAGCCUCCAUCCUGCCUUUGAACAGCUUGGAAGUCGCAGGAAUAGUACAGGAUCGGCCCCGGCUCCCACGUCUCGACUCAAAAAGUGCGAUCCCGUGGUGAUAAACAAGGCCGUCAUUGGUCUUCAUACCCUUCAAUACAGCAAGGUUGUCUGCCUAGCAUUCAGCGAUGGCUCAGUGGAAUAUCGCGACAGGUUUUCACUGCAGGAAAUCUACAACGAGAGGAACCUCGAUAGAGUCAUGACGUUGAAUCAGGUGGGCUUCACUUUUCAGGAUGAUUCGCCAUGCUUACAAAUGAUAUUCUCUCCCACCAACUGUUCCGUGGUCAAGGUUCAGGAUGAUGGCAAGGUCAAGUGGAGUAGACUUCACUAUCCAUUAGGGGAUACAGGAAACUCCAACCAAGACGCGCCAUAUGCUGCCACCUUGGCAGCCCUGACAGUAGCCGCGUCCACGGCGACAUUUAAUAACAUCAAUUACGACGACAUACUGGCGGUCGCUCGACCUUUUGCGAACAAGAAGCGCUUCACAUUUGACUGGAUCAGCGAGAUUGUGCGCAUGCUCAAGGUCCCCAUCGACUACUCAGAGGACACCCACCACGACAGUCUCGUACGAAACAGUUCGCUGCAAAUGUGUCUCAGCAUCCUAAACCACCUCGGAUACAGGGGCAUGUUCCAACCCCGGACCUUUGACGGCAAGUUUGCCAUGCUGGCCCUCAAUGUUCGCAACGUCGUAAUCCUCAUCACGAUCGCGAGUAAUACUCCGGUCAACAUCCGUGAGAAACUAAGCCCGCUCGACGAGCACGAGGUCGUCGACGCGCUCGCGGGGUGCGCAAAGUGGUCCCUCGACCUUUUGGCUUGGCUCACCGACUCGCUCUUCGCCCUCCUCGACGACCCGCAGUUCCUUGCCCUCCUCGCACCGCAGCGCUUCUCCGAGAUGACCGCCUACCUGCAAUCGCGCUCCGACGUCUCCCUCCACCUCCUCCUGUGCUCCUCCGCCCGGGGCUUCCUCUCCGCCGUCUGCCGCCGUAUCUUGCACCUCGAGAUCCUCUCGAACCGCGCCAUCGAGUUCUACGAGCGCCGGGCCGCGAUGCACAACGCCACGGACCCGUCCCCCCAGACUAAAGGUCUGCACGUCGUUCUCUACAAGGCCUAUCAGAAGAUGCAGCGAGUCACCUCGACCAGCAUCAUCAAGGUGCAGGAGUUUGACCGCCUCCUGACCGUCCUCAACAACGAUAUCCGCUCCGCCUACCAGAGCUCCCUCGCGUCCCUGGCGAGCAAGAACCCCGCCACCGGCGGGCAAAAGGCCGUGGACGCGCAGAUCAAAAAUGCGCAGAACCACUGCGAGCUCAACUUGCUCCUCGCGUCGUCGCCGCCGCCCGCGUUUCUCGGCGUGCUGCUCAAGUUCUUCAACACGGACCUCAGGGCCUACCGCGGGCUGGCCGACCCAUCCAAGCUCUUCUUCUCCGACUACGAUCUCCUCGAGGUCGAUGACGACCGCCGAACGCUAGCUACGCGAAAGGCCAAGAGCCGAUUCAUUGACGUCUUUAAGCGCGUCGAGCUCGUCGGCCCGUCUCCUACUCGCGGCGGCGGUAGCGGCAGCGGUAGCGGCGGCAAGGACGCCGAGGACGCCAAGACGCCGCAGUGGAGGCGCUGCGUGAGAUGCUCAGCCGUUAUGGAGGACGUGUUUGGCUCAAGGCCGGGCUUCACGUUUGUGUUGUCGCAGCAGAGGAAGUGUUCCUGUGGCGGUCACUGGGGGCUUUUGCCCAAGGGUUCGCUCAUUAGUUGA